AGGGUUGAAAGAGAAAAAGGGGAAAGGGGCCAAUGCAGCAUAAUUAGCCCGAGCUGCUUGGUUACCUUCCAAACACAGCAAAGGAUACUCUGAGCAGGAGAAGAGGCGGGGACAGAGAGAGAGAGAGAGAGAUAUGAAGGGGAUGAUUGCAUUCCACACACACUUGAAGCUCAGUCUCCCUAGGAGACGCAGGAUAGCAGCAUGACACUGCAACAGCUACACUAGAGCAAAACUGUGCGAUUUUUUGUGCCACACUGAGAGUGUGUGAGAGCCAGAGAGAAAGAGAAGUUUGCCAGUUAGCAGAGAGAGAAAAGUAACAGCAGGAGAACAGCAAAGUAAAAGAUAUCAAGAGGAACAAGAAAGAGACUGUGGGAGUGACAGGAGAGAUGCGCGUGGGGAUGAAGUGGGUUUGUCGGAGGAGUUGAGCCGUGCCGCUCACACGCACACACACGCACACACACUUCCAAAAGCUCAGGAAGGAGGAGAGAAUGAAGAAACACUCGGCCCGAGUGGCCCCUCUCAGCUCCUAUAGCGCCCAGGUGCUCACCUGCCCCAUCUCUGAAGGAGGGGAGGGCUCAGAUUCGCAUGCAGAGACUCCAGGCAGUGAAACAAGUGGAGAUGGCACUGCAUAUCAGACCUGCGCCAACACAGUGCUCAAGGUGCUGGGGGGCUUGCUGGUGGUGCUGUGCAUCUCCUCGUCAUGGGUGGGCACCACACAAGUGGUUCAGCUCACGUUCAAAUCCUUUUCCUGUCCCUUUUUCAUCACAUGGUUCAGCACCAACUGGAACAUUCUCUUCUUCCCCCUCUACUACUCUGGGCACGUGGCCACCACCAGAGAAAAACAGACGCCUAUUCAGAAAUUCAGGGAAUGUAGUCGGUUGUUUGGGGAGGAUGGAAUGUCUCUGAAGGUGUUUCUGAAGAGAACGGCACCUUUCUCCAUCUUGUGGACGCUGACUAACUACCUGUACCUGUUAGCACUGAGAAAACUAACCGCCACAGACGUCUCAGCGCUCUACUGCUGCCACAAGGCUUUCGUCUUCCUCUUGUCAUGGAUUGUUCUCAAAGAUCGCUUCAUGGGUGUGCGGAUUGUGGCUGCCAUUAUGGCUAUCACAGGCAUUGUGAUGAUGGCGUAUGCUGAUGGUUUCCAUGGGGAUUCGUUUAUGGGUGUGGCCUUAGCAGUCGGCUCCGCCUCCACUUCUGCUCUCUACAAGGUGCUGUUUAAGAUGUUCCUCGGCAGCGCCAAUUUGGGAGAGGCUGCUCAUUUCUUCUCCACGAUGGGCAUUUUCAAUCUCAUCUUCAUCUCCUGUGUUCCCCUCAUCCUGUACUUUACCAAAGUGGAGCACUGGGGUUCCCUCUCGUCUUUGCCCUGGGGUUACCUCUGCGGGGUAGCCGGCCUUUGGCUAGUAUUUAACAUCCUGGUCAAUGUAGGAGUGGUACUCACAUAUCCUAUUCUCAUAUCCAUCGGGACGUUACUCAGUGUUCCAGGCAAUGCAGCCAUUGACGUGCUGAAGCAUGAGGUCAUCUUCAGCGUGGUGCGUCUGGCUGCCACCUGCAUCAUCUGCCUGGGCUUCCUGCUGCUGCUGCUCCCCGAGGAGUGGGACACGGUCACCCUGCGCUUCCUCACCACCCUGGCCGACAAGAAGACAGAGGAGCAUGGCGAGGAGCUCACAGAAUCCAGCGUCCACACGCGCAGCCGGAGUAGAGCCAACGGAGCCGUAUCCAUCCCGAUGGCAUGACCUUUGACCUGUGAAUGAGUAGCCAGCGAUCAGCAUUGAUCCAUCAUGUGGCAGCCUUUGAGAAAAUAAAAAAAAAGAACAGUUUGAUUGUAUUUAGGGUUUUGGAAAGAAGACAAAAGAGAUUAAGCAAAGUGAAGAGGAAGGAAGGUACACUGCCCUGCCAAAAAAUAAAUAAAAGUCACUGUUUGGAUUUAAAUAGGCAAAUCCUUAAGAGUCUAUGAUAGGAUUAUUAUUUCAGUGAUUAUUAUGUUUCUAGCAUGUUAUGUUUGGCAACAGUUCUUCUAACUCUAACUGAUGGAGUGUGUAGCUUUUCAUUUCUUAAACAACCAUGUCGGAAGAACAACAAUGUCAAGAUUUAUCAGGCUCAAAUUGUGAAAGAAUUGUUGGGAGGGAGCUUGAAGAAUCAUUUUCACUCAUGAAUUGGCCCCUCUGAAUCCAGACCUCAAAUUCAUUGAAAGUCUUUGGGAUGUGCUGGAGAAGGACUUUAUAGAGUGCUCACCUCUUGCAUUGUCAAUACAAGAUCUUGAUGCACCUCUUGAUGGAAAUAAAGGGUUGUGAUGUUAUUUCCAUCAAGAGGUACAUCACGUUUUUGGUUGGGAGCCCCCUUGGUCAAGAUCUUUCACAAUUUGAACCUGAUGAAUCUUGAUAUUGUCAUCCUGGAAUAUGGCCAUGAUGUGUCUUCCUUACAUGGUUGUUUAGGAAAUGAAAAGCUACACACUCCAUCUAUU